CUGUGAAAACCUCAAAUCUUACUUAAGAAACGUUAUUCUUCAUGAUGUACAGAGUAAGAACGCGUGAAGGACGCAAAUAAUACUAAAGAGCUAAAGCAAAGUCUUAAAUCCCAAUAUAACACAAAAUGCUGUUACAGAUUGUGGUAGCCUAUUAAAAGGAAGUUAUGUUUUAUAGAAGGAGAAUAAUUUAAUUCGAUACGACUAGAAACUAGUCGACAUCUACAGCAAUUACAAACAUAUUAAGUAGUAGAUAAAGAAAGUGGAGUCUCGUAUGUGAGAAUAAAGUUCAAAAGAUUCAGCGUGCUAGUGUGUGUUGUGCUGCAGCACUGUGCAUCAGACACGAUCUUCGAUGCGAUUACCAUGAUGCUCCACCUAUUAAUUGGAAGAUAUGCUACCAUAAUGCUAGUAAUAUGGACGGCAGGUGCAUUUUAUCUGGACGAUAAGGCGAAACCAGCAUCAAGGGAUGAAAAAGUCGACUACCGGUACUGGAUAAGAUAUGGCCAGGAACGUCUUCAUUUUGAGAUACGACGCCAGCAAGAAGAAGCCAGAUCAACAGGAAAAGUGGCAAAGAACGUAAUAUUAUUCAUUGGGGAUGGCAUGGGUUUGUCAACCAUCACAGCAACCCGCAUCUACAAGAACCAGCUAGCGGGGGGAUACGGCGAAGAAAACGGACUGAGCUUCGAACACUUUCCUUAUGUAGGUCUCGCCAAAACAUAUGAAGUCGAUUCUCAGGUGCCUGAUUCAGCUGGUACAGCUACGGCCAUGCUUUCUGGAAUCAAAAUCAACUCUAACCUAGCAGGUCUGGAUGCUAGGGCGAAGUAUAAAGUAUGUGACCGCUCCAUAAACGAGAAGGCAAAAGUGGAGAACUUAAUAACUUGGGCUCAAAUGGCAGGAAAAGAUACAGGUUUCGUGACAACGACCAGGGUCACACACGCAACACUUGCGGCAGUGUACGCACACACUAACAGCCGUUACUGGGAGUGCGACUCCAAAGUGCCAGAGGAAUACAAGGACUGCGUCAAAGACGUAGCUCGUCAACUCGUGGAAGACGAACCUGGCAGGAAUUUAAAGGUAGUUCUUGGAGGUGGAUUGAAUCAACUUGGAGUGCCUGUUGAACAGGAAGAUUAUGUGUUCUGUACUCGUGAUGACAAACAAAAUCUUGUGGAGAAAUGGAAGCAAGGAAGGAAAAAUUAUCUCUUUGUGAACACAAGUCGGGAUCUAAUGGAAGCUGACGUCAGCAAGGUGGAAUAUCUAAUGGGUUUGUUCAGCCCUGGCCACUUACCAUACGCUCUAGAACGUGACACAAGUCCUGAUGGACAACCAUCCCUUUUAAACAUGACCGUACAAGCACUAAAGCUUCUCUCGCAGAAUCCCAAAGGCUACGUACUUUUGGUAGAAGGUGGCAACAUUGAUAACGCCCACCAUGAGGGUUACGCCCGGCAUGCACUGCAUGAAACAUCAGAAAUGGACGAUUCUGUAGCAUAUGCUGCUGAAGUCACAAAUCCAGAUGACACUCUGAUAAUAGUCACAGCUGAUCACUCACACACACUUACCAUUGCUGGCUAUCCUGAACGAGGAGCAGAUAUUUUAGGUUCUUCAAAUAUCAUGGAAGAACUUCGUGGCCAUGAUAUCCUGACAUAUGCCAAUGGUCCAGGAUUUGCAGGACACAAUAAUUCCAACUGCUCUCAGGACUACUGGCGUGAAGUAUCAGAGAAAGAACGACAAGACUUAAGAUACCGCCCAUUUGCUGGAUGGUAUGCUGAAAAGGAGACCCAUGCUGGUGAGGAUGUGCCCGUGUAUUCACGUGGGCCACAUGCUAAUCUUCUGUCUGGAGUGUUUGAGCAGAACUACAUUGCACAUGUUAUAUGUUACUCUGCCUGUAUUGGACCUUAUGCUACAUACUGUGAUGUUACCGACUUCCCAAAAAUUGAUGCUGCUAAACCGAAUUCUGUAGGAACAUUAUCCCUCACAUAUUUUCACUUCUUUGUUGUAUUGCUAUCGCUGUUACAGGAAAUUAAGCUUUUCUGUUAAAUAGGUGUUUGUUAUUCAUUUAAAUUGCAAAGAAAAUGCCAAAGACUUCCAUUAUCUUCACAAAUUUGCAAAGUUCCCAUCUUUACCUGCAAAAAAAAAAUGAAUGUAAAUAAUUUUGGAUUUCUGUUUACUCAGGCAUUUUGAAAGCUUCUAUAGAUGGGCUAUCAAUGCAACAAAUUGUGCAGCGAGUUAUGUACUUCAAUUUCAUAACAUAAGACUGAGCUGAUGAUAAGAUUAUGCAGGCCUGUUUCCAAAAGUGAUUAUGUAUUGGUCAUGCUUUAAGCUCUGUCUGAUGACAAGAAAUUAAUACAUAUCUACAUUUCUUGCAACAUUUACUUCCAAACAAACCUCCUUUCUAGAGGUUAAUAGAGUUCCUGAAUUUAUGUCCAUAGUAUUUAUAUUAUCAACCAAUAGAGUUACAUCAUAGCACAGACCAAAUCUAAUGUGUCACAUUCAAUUCCAACCCCCUCCUCACUUUUUGGAACUCCCUAACAGUGUAUUCUAAAGCUAUUUUUCCCAAAAGAUUCCUCCCACCAAAAUUACAUAUUUCUCAUCUUCUCCUUCCAUGAUCAACCCAUUCAUAUCUUAAUAAGAGGUGACCUGUGUAAAUCACAAAAUACCUUGUUAAGUUACUGUUAAAUCCCUUCAGCCAUACUAGGUCCUCAUAUUUUCAGGAGUACUUGUAAUUAUAUCCUCCACUUCAAGUAAGAAACCAUUGAAACUGGCAAAAUACCUGUUUUGUGUACAUCCUGCAAUUCUUAUAUAUUUCAAUCAAACAUUUCUCUUUCAAAUGUUGUUUCCAAUUAAUUAAAUUUUGAAAUUUUCUCAAAAUAUCUGAAAACAAUAACAUAAAAUUUACUUUUCAAGGCCACAGAUUUCAAAACCAACAUAAUAAUUACUUUUAAGCAAAAUAGUGUUCUAAUUAAACAUCUCUUUUUUGAGUUGUGUUACACUUUCCAAAAAUGUCCAAUCUAACAUCUGAAAAAGACUAUUGAAAAAGACUGUUUCUCAUAUACAAUGUAGAGACAGACAAUACAGCCUGAACAAGAAGAAGUACAUUACAUGUUACAGGUUAAGUGUUUUCAAAUAAGUCACUCUAAUUUUCACAUCAACUUGUGACACAGCUAAUUUAUCCAUAUAAUUUCUUUCAGGUACUAUACCUUCUACACAUACAGAGGUCUCAAAAAGCUUGUAACUUCAAAACUUUCUCCCAAUUUCCAUCAUAUUCUCCUCAUAAUUUUCACUUUUAACGUUGUUAUGCACUUACAAAAAAGUUUGUCAUUCUUUGCUUCUAAGUACUUCUCACUGUUACAGUUCUCGAUGCCAUCAGCGUUAGCCAUUUUUUGGCAACACAGAGAAAUAUCAAAACUGUUAACUAUCAUCUGAAGCAUGUUAUACUGAUUGUGUGAAAAGCUUUUGUAAAAAAAUUUUGCUGUCUCAUUUAGGAGCAGGGCAAUAACAAUCUAUAAAAUGCAAUACCAACACAUUAUUACAAUAAUUAUCAUCAAAGCAUUGAAUGAAUCACAGAAUGCCCUUUACUAUCACUUUCACAGGAAGUGUAGCUACAUUAUGACCGAGUAUCUGAAAACAAAAAUGGAAAACAUAAUUUCUACAGGUGGUAGUAAUGUAAGCUUGAAUCUGAAUGUUGUCGUUGCUAAACAUAAGGUAAGCCAUAUAUAUUUAAGAGAAUAAAAUAUUCCAGACAAAAAGAAAAUAUAUGUUGUUACCUCAAACCUCUCUUAAUAUGGCUGUCUUCUGGAUUGUAGUAGCGUAUAGUCCGGUAAAAGUUAGGGUAAACUACUACCAAACUACACCGGGCUAUAGCCAAGAAGACAGCCAUCUUCAGACUCACUGCCAUGAAGACCUCAAAUUCAACCCAAAACUUUCUGAAGUAGUCGUUUCUUAAGAAGAGCCAAAGGAUAAAUCUAAAAUCCAAGCACAAGAAUAACUUACUGGCAUAAUACAUUUUUUUUUCAUACUGAAUGAACCUUAAGUUGUACACAUUUGGUAUUUCAAGUGUUCAAACUUCUAUUGGUCAAAUAGUCCAACAUUUAUAAGUAAUCAAGAAACAGACCUUUCAGUAUUUUGCAUGAAGAAUCAUGGCUUAAAAAAUUAGCCUCACUAUUAAUGUUCAAUACUGGACAAAAAUACUUGUACAUAAAAUAUUGGUAACAUGAAUAUAAGACUGUUCUUAAAUUUUAGAGGCACUAUGCUGGCCAAUAAAACCAUACAGAAAUUUAAUAAAUGCAUUUCACAGAACAAGA